AUGCGACUGUUUAGCCGUCUUAUCGAGGACUGCAAGCAGGCCGAAGAGGGCGCGGCCCCAUCCUUCCACCAGUGGGGUCGCCCAACCAUCGAGGACUCGGACUGCGAUGACACCGCCACCAGCGCAGGCAGCAGCGCCGUCACCGCCGCCGGCGGGCCCAGUGACGCCGGCGCGCGCUGCACCCACAGCAGCGGCAGCGGCAGCAGCGGCAGCGUCGGCGGCCCGGCCGGCGCGGGCGGCGCGUCCUGCUCAGCAACCAGCCGCGGCGGCGGCGGCGGCGCCGCGUGUGGCUUGUCAGGGCUGGCGGCGGCCGCCGCAUUCCUGGAGGCGCGCGACCUUGACCAGGCGCCGGCCCACUCUGGCGGCUCUGACGGCUCCGCCGGCGACGAGGCGUUCGCGCUCGCGUUUGACCUCGAGUUUGACCGCGCAGCCGCGGGUGUCGCCGCCGCUCACAGCGGCGGCGGCGGCGGCGGCAGCGGCGGCGGCGGCAGCGCGGCGCCCGCGUUUGGCGGCUUCUGCGUCCCCGGCGCGGCCGCGGCGCGGGCGGCCGAGGUCGAGCCCGUUGCGUGGUGGUGCCCCGGGCCUUUCGCUGGCUUCAGCCCGCCGCCGCGCGCCGCCGCCUGCGAAGUGGUGGCGCCACUCUGGGGACGCCUCGAGCUGGAGGGGCGUGCCUGA